AUGACUAGUGCUAAUAACGGGAUUUUGGGUGCUGUGAGUGGCGCUGGCAAGGCUAGUCCGAUAGUGGUGAAGACCGCCCUGGUGUCUGUCUAUGAUAAGACUGGUCUCGACAGCUUGGGAAAGUGCCUGGCGAGCUACGGUGUUAAGAUAUUAUCAACGGGCGGGACUGCCAAGAAGAUGAAGGAUUUGGGCUGCUCGGUGAUGGACGUCAGCGAGUACACUGGGAGUCCGGAGAUUCUCGAUGGUCGUGUUAAGACCUUGCACCCUAAAGUGCAUGGGGCGUUGCUGGCGGUGCGCGGUAAUGAAUCUCACGAGAGGCAGCUAGUCGAACUUGGAAUUGAGAAGAUCGAUCUUGUUGUUGUCAAUUUGUAUCCGUUCGAGGAUGCAGUAGCGUCCAUGUCAUCGGACUUCUCUGCAUGCAUAGAAAAUAUUGACAUCGGAGGCCCAUGCAUGAUUCGAGCCGCUGCGAAGAACUCCCAUGGUGUUUGUAUCCUCACCAGCACGGCUGAUUACGACGAGUUAGCUAGGGAGCUAGCAAUGAACAAAGGGUCGACCACUCCGGAAUUUCGCAGACGUAUGGCAUGCAAAGCUUUCGCGCUGACAGCCAGAUACGACAGUAAGAUAGCUGCCUAUAUGUCUUCGGUAGCGGAUUCGACGGAAACUCUCGCAGGGUCCGUAACGCAAGCGUUCGAUGUGGUAUCACCUUUGAAAUACGGAUGCAAUCCUCAUCAACAGCCAGCGGCUAUGUGCAGUGUGGUCGGCAACGGCGGAGCGAUGCCUUUUAAGGUUUUGAAUGGAACUCCAGGGUAUAUAAACCUCCUGGACGCGAUCAAUUCUUGGAUGCUCGUCAGAGAAAUGGAUACGGCCACAGGACUCCCAUCCGCGGCUAGCUUCAAGCACGUGAGUCCCGCUGGUGCUGCGGUGGCAAGCGCCGAGUUGCAAGGCAAUGAGGCUUCCAUAUACGAGGUGGCUCCAUCAGCACGUGGUAACUUGACUCCCGUGGCUCUGGCGUAUAUCCGUUCGCGAAACGGGGAUCCUAUGUGUAGUUUCGGCGACUUUGUCGCGGUCUCAAGAACCGUUGAUGUGUCCUUGGCCAGCCUGCUGAAAUCCGACGUAUCGGAUGGUAUCAUCGCGCCAGGAUACGAGCCUGAGGCGUAUGAGAUUCUCAAGGCCAAGAAGGGAGGUAAAUUCGUAAUUCUCCAUGGGGAUACCAACUUUGUAUGUCCCGAAAUUGAAGUUCGCUCCCUGGGUGGCCUCGGUCUCCUGCAGAAGAGGAAUGAUAUCAUCUUUGAUUCGUCGUACUUACAGAACAUAGUCACUAAGGCGUCUACGUCCUUUACACAGCAGCAGAUCAUCGAUCUCAUCGUGUGCUCUAUCGCUGUGAAGUAUACGCAAAGUAAUAGUGUUGGUUUUUGCAAAGAUGGUAUGAUGAUCGGAAUUGGCGCGGGCCAGCAGAGCCGCGUUGACUGUGUGAAACUGGCUGCUAGGAAGGUCCAAAAUUGGUGGCACCGCCAACACCCCAAAGUUUUGGGUAUGAAAUUCAAAAGCAGUGUGAAGAAGCAGGCCCGUGUGAAUGCCCGUGUGAGGUAUAUCGAGGGGGAUAUGAGUGAACUCGAGUACACCAACUGGAAGGCCGACAACUUUGAUCCUGCUGAUGUACCGGAGCCUCUGAGUGAUGAAGAGAAAGCCGCCUUUAUGAAGACUCUUACGGGUGUUGCUGUGUCCAGCGAUGCAUUCUUCCCAUUCCGGGAUUCUAUCGAUGUAUGCAGCCGCUAUGGGGUGACGAGUGUAGUCCAACCAGGUGGCUCAGUUGCUGAUGCAGAGGUCAUCGAGGCUUGCGAUCAAUAUUCGAUGACAAUGGCCUUCUCUAGCUUGAGGUUGUUCCAUCACUAG